AUGGGCGGCCUACAGAAUUUUCUGGAGCCGGGAGCGAUCGUCGCGGUUUUCACCACAGGAACCCUGAUCAACAGACGCAAGCAUGCCCGAUUGCUAGAAUCUCCCAGUGCUGAGUCGCCGCUGCUCGAGGAUGGCCUUGAGGAUGCUAAGCCGAACACAUACGACGAACGUUCGAUCCGCAACCGCCGCACAAUUCAGUCUCGCAUCCUAGCAUACUUCCCUUUUCUGUUGGAAAUCCUGUAUUGGCUGCUCACAUAUUGGAUUUACCAAGGGUUGCGAGCGUUCUCCGCCCGGAUGAUCGCCGGCAACAAGGAAAUCUUCGACACAGCCGAGCGCCAUGCUAUCUCAAUCCUCCGCCUUGAGCACUUCUUCCACCUUGACGUCGAACUCUCUGUUCAGAAGUAUAUACUCAACGAGAUUCCGUGGCUCAUGCCCUUCUUGGCGCGUGUAUACUACUCGCAUAUCGUUCUUGGCGUGGUAUUUGUGGUCUAUUGCUAUACCUUUGUGCAGCGCGACAAAUACCAGGCGCUCCGGCGCACUCUGGCAUUCGAGAAUGUCAUUGCCUUCACCAUCCUGACUCUGUGGAGGUGCAUGCCCCCGCGUCUUCUUCCUGAGGAGUAUGGGUUUGUCGAUGUCUUGCAUAGCAACAAGGGCGGCUCGGCCUGGACACAAAACAAGUUCCAGCUCACAAUUGCGGCAAUGCCUUCGCUUCACUUUGGAAAUUCCAUGUUCAUCGCGUUGUGUCUGCUCAAGUUCAGUCCUCAUUGGUACCUGCGGGCGAUCGCACCGUUGUGGCCGAUGAUGAUGGGACUAACGAUCGUCGCGACUGCCAAUCACUUCAUUUUGGAUGCUGUCGUCGGUGCAUGUGUGGUGCUCACGGCGUUCAGGUUCAACCACAUCAUGUUGAAUCUGCUGCCGGUGGAGAGGGCGGUGUUCAGGUUGCUUCGCCUAGAGAAGCCUUGA